AGGGGGGGCUUCAGUUAUAAAAGGUUGAGAAACGCUGUUGUAGAGGAAGUUUGGCGCGCGUGCGCUCUUGUUGCGGUAGUGUGUCACGCGGGAAAGAGGAAUCAGUACAGUUUGUUUUCAGCUCCCUAACUGCUUGCAAACAGCAGUGGAGUCAAAAUGUCGAAGAUCGAGAAGAUGAGCAUCCUCGGAGUGAGGAGUUUUGGAGUCGAGGACAGGGACAAGCAGAUAAUUUCAUUCUUCAGUCCUCUGACGGUGCUGGUCGGACCCAACGGAGCCGGAAAAACGACUAUUAUUGAGUGCCUUAAAUAUGUCACCUCAGGAGAUUUUCCACCUGGAAGUAAAGGAAAUAGUUUUGUUCAUGAUCCAAAGGACGUCCAUGAAACAGAGGUACGUGCUCAGAUUCGGCUUCAGUUCAGAGAUGCUAACGGGGAACCCGUCGUUGUUCAGCGUUCCAUGCAAAGCAUACAGAGGGGCAAAAAAGCACCAGAGUUUAAAACCCUUGAAGGCGUCAUCACCAGAUUAAAGAAUGGAGAAAAAGUUAGUGUGAGCUCAAAAUGUGCAGAGAUAGACAGUGAGAUGAUCUCAGCUCUGGGCGUUUCAAAAGCAGUGCUCACCCAUGUCAUCUUCUGCCACCAAGAAGAGUCUAACUGGCCUCUCAGUGAAGGAAAAGCCCUCAAGCUGAAAUUUGAUGAGAUUUUUUCAGCGACGAAGUAUGUCAAGGUGAUGGAAAACCUUCGUCAGGUAAGGCUGAAACAGGCCAACACUGUCAAAUCCUGUCAGAUGGAGUUGAAAUAUCUGAAGCAGAAUAAAGAAAAGGCUCAGGAGAUCAAGGAGCUGCUAUCCACUAAAGAAGGCCAGCUAGCAGCUUCUAAAGAAAGUGUACAGCACAUCGAGAACCAGAUCGACCCCAAGGAGAAUCGGUUAAAUGACAUUGAUGACAAUCUGAGCAAAGUCAUGAAACUGGAUAAUGACAUCAAGGCUCUGGAGAGCAGGAAGAAACAGAUGGAAGAUGACAAUCGUGAAUUAGAGGAGAAGAUGGAGCAGGUGUUUCAGGGUUCAGAUGAGCAGCUGCAGGAGAUGUACAAGAAUCACCAGUUCACGGUUAAGAAGAAAGAGAAGAGACUCACGGAAUGUCAGCGUGAUCUGGAGAGGGUAGGUCGUGAGUGCCAGAGGAUGAACUACAUCAAAUCAGACCUACUUGUUGAACAAGGUCGUCUCCAGAUGGAAGCAGACAAGCAGGUGUUGCAUAUAAAGAACCGAGAUGCUCAGGUGAGGUCUUUAGCUUCUUACCUGGAAAUGGAAGGAUAUGACCAAGCUCCUUUCAAUGAGAGACAGCUCCAAAGCUUCCAUAAACAAGUCGGAGAGAGACAGGCUCAAGAGUCCGAGGCCCUCAACAGGGUUAUGAUUGACCUGCAAGAGAAAGAAACACAGAAACAGCAGAACAUUGAUGAGAUUCGUGAUAAGAAGACUGGUUUGGAGAGGACCAUCGAGCUGAAGAAGGACAUACAGGCCAAGAAACAAAAAGAGUUGAAGAAAAUACAGUCCGACCUACAGAACCUGGAAGGUUCCUCAUCCAGACUUCAUGAGCUAGAGACUGAGCUCACAAAAGCAGAGCGAGAGCUGGAGAAGGCUGUACAGGGUUCCACUGUGGACCGUCUGAAGAUGGAGGUGCAGGAGCUACAGAGAGAAAAGGUUGAAUUGGACCAGGCCCAGCGCAAACUCGAUCAGGAAAUGGAAACUCUCAAUAUACAUACCACAGCACGCACACAAAUGGACAUGCUGAAAAAAGAUAAAACUGAUAAAGAUGAUCAAAUAAGGAAGAUCAAGUCCAGACACAAUGAAGACCUGGUUUCUCUGCUGGGCCACUUUCCUAACAAGAGAGAGCUUGAGGACUGGAUUCAUAGCAAAUCUAGAGAGAUCAACUCCAUCAGAGAGAAGCUGAGCAAGCUCAAUAAGGAGCUGGCAUCCAGAGAGCAGAACAAGAGUCACUGUACAGCUGAGAUUCGAUCCAAAGAGCAGCAGCUGGCCAGCUAUGAGGAGAAACUCUUCAAUGUGUGUGGUAGUCAGGACUUUGAAUCUGAUCUGAGCAAAUUGCAGGAUGACCUGGAGAAGUGCUCCAAGCAGAGAGCGAUGCUGGCGGGGGCCACGGCCGUGUACACCCAGUUCAUCAGCCAGCUGACUGAAGAGGGUGAGCCGUGCUGCCCGGUGUGUCAGCGUGUCUUCCCCUCAGAGGCUGAGCUCCAGGACGUCAUUAAUGACAUGCAGUCUAAACUGCGUCUGGUGCCGGACAAGCUGAAAAACACAGAGCAGGACCUGAAGAGGAAGGAACGCAAGCGUGAUGACAUGAUGACCCUCAAACCUGUCAGACAGUCUGUUGCAGAACUUCGUGAGAAGGAUCUGCCAGAGUUACGGAAUAAACUGCAGAGUGUGAACCGUGAAAUAGAAAAGUUGAAGAGAGACGUUGAGGAGCAGGAGAGUCUGCUAUCUCUGUUGAUGUCUGAGGAGGACACGGCCAAAGCUUGCCUACAGGACAUUUCCCUCAUGGACCGUUACCAGCUGGAUCUGAAGGAUGUGGAGAGAAAGAUAGUGCAGCAUACAGCCAAGCUUCAGGGAGUGGACUUGAGCCGCACGAUGCAGCACGUCAGCCAAGAAAAACAGGAGGUCCAACAUCGCCUUGACACCACCUGCAGUAAGAUGGAGCUGAAACGCAAACUCAUCCAGGACCAGCAGGAGCAGAUACAGUCCCUAAAGAGUCAUGUGAAUGAGGUCCAUGCUGAAAAGCUUCAGAUUUCCAGUAACAUGCAGAAGCAGCAGCAGCUGGAAGAGCAGUGUGUGGAGUUCAGUGCUGAAAUUCAGGAGCUGCUCAGAGAAAUACGGGAUGCUAAGGAGCAGGUCUCUCCACUGGCCAUCACUUUAGAGAAGCUCCAGAAUGAAAAACAGGAUCUGAUUGCACGUAGAAAGCAAAAACAAAGUGAAGGCCAGGAGAAGGUUGAUGCUAUCAAAGAGAGAGUUAAAACUUUGGCCAUUUUAGAAAGAGAAAUCAGCAAGUACAUUGAAGAGGACAAAGAUAACUACAAGCAGCAAAAAGAGACAGAACUUCAGGAGAUAAAUGCUCAGCUGACUGAUGCUGAGAAACAGCGAGAGAAAAUCAACAACGACAUGGGCAAUAUCCGGCAAGAUAUAGACACUCAAAAGGUCCAAGAGCGCUGGCUUCAGGAUAAUCUGACCCUGAGAAAGCGUGUGGAGGAGCUGAAGGAGGUUUCCAAGAGGAGAGAGGUCUUACUGAAGGAGAUGGGCAACAUGCAAGUCAUGGAGCUGCGCAAUGAGCGGCGGGAGUUGGAGCGGAAGGUGGAGGACCUGAAGAAGAAUCGCAGUGUGGCUUUGGGGCGACAGAAGGGCUUUGAGGAGGAAAUCCUACAUUUUCGAAAGGAACUUCGUGAGGAUCAGUACUGUCAGGCUGAAGAGAGAUUCCGGGACAAGAUGAUAAUCAAGAGGACCACUGAGCUGGUUAUCAAGGAUCUGGACAUCUACUAUAAAGCCCUGGACCAAGCAAUCAUGAAGUUUCACAGUAUGAAGAUGGAAGAGAUCAACAAAAUCGUUCGAGACCUGUGGAGGAGCACAUAUCGUGGACAAGAUAUUGAAUAUAUAGAGAUCCGCUCUGACAUGGAUGAAAAUGCCACUGCGGGUACAAAGAGACGGGUCUACAACUACAGAGUGGUCAUGGUCAAAGGAGACACAGCUUUAGACAUGCGAGGACGCUGCAGUGCUGGACAGAAGGUUUUGGCUUCUCUCAUCAUCCGGCUGGCUUUGGCAGAGACGUUCUGUUUGAGCUGUGGAAUCCUUGCAUUAGAUGAACCCACUACCAAUCUGGACAGAGAGAACAUAGAGUCUUUAGCCCAUGCCUUGGUGGAAAUCAUCAAGAGUCGCUCUGAGCAGUGUAACUUCCAGCUGCUCAUCAUCACCCAUGAUGAAGAUUUUGUGGAGCUCCUGGGUCGCUCCAAUUAUGUGGAGCAUUUCUACAGGAUCAGCAAGAACCAAGACCAGUGCUCAGUGAUCUCCAAGUGCAGCAUCAAAAGUCUGAACCUGCGCUAACGCAUUCAGCAUAUAUCACACAUGGGAAUGAAGAUUUGACCUUGGGUCAAGUGAAUACAGGUGAAAUUAAACCCUAAAAGUUUGUAUCCAAAACCAAACAAAACUCAUAAGGACUCACUGCUUUGCAACACAACAGAUAUGUUCAGUUUUAGUUCAGCUAAAUUUUUAUUAUUUUAUUAAAUAGUUUUACUUCAGCAAAUUGACAUUACAUACUAGCUCGACGUGUGUGUAUGUGGGGGGGGGUGGCCAUUACAGGGAAAAACACUUGAGAAGUAAUGCUCUGACAUGCUAAUUUCACUAGUACGAAAAACGAUGAAAUUCUACUGAUGUUUGUUUCCUGGUUUUAUCCCACAGUAAGAAUGCAGUCACUUAAUAAAAUGGACAUCUCUGUAUGCAAAACAACUUUAAUUAUUAAUUAUAACUUUGUUCACCAAUAAAUGUUUGUGAUUUUGAAAGAAGAGAGAUCUGGAUGUUUAUUGAAUGUUUGUUUACACUUGAUAAGAACCAGUGUUGUCCAUGUGAGGGUUUUAUUACAAAUAUCAGCUGACUUGUGUAUUUUAUUUUAAAUUGUUAGAAAAAUCCCAGUUAUUGCUUUUUGUAAUACUUGGGGUCUUAAAGUAGUGUAUUUUAGCCUUUAAGUAUUUAUACUUUAUAUAUAAUAUAAAACAAGAAUCCUUUUCACUACUCAGUUGAAUUAAUUUAACUAUGUGGCUACAUCUGCUGAAAGAACCCAGUCAGUUCUCACAACCAAACAUGGUCAAGGGAUUUUAGUCUUUUUCCAUCAACUCCCACAGAUGCUUCUAUCUGAACCAUUGCAAUCUUUUUUGCAAAUAGUCAUUAAAACACUCGGUUUCCCCUGUUCAGAGAAUUUGGAGCAUCAUAAGCAAAUCUCCAAACCUAAUCAACCACAUCUUUAUCAAGACUGCUCUGUUACUCUGAGUUUCCUAGUGUGUAUGUAAAUGCUUACAGUGCAAAAUAACAGCUUCCAAGAAAAUGAGUGCUGAUUUAUAUCCGGCUUUCAUGUGCAUAUAUAUAUUCACUGGGAGCAUGUGUAAGGAUUGUGUCUAGAUUUAGCCUGCAAAAGCAACCUGAAGAAUCUGACAGAGUUAGACUUGACCCAACUUCACCAAACAAGAUGAUGGCCAUGAUUGUGCUUCUAACUACUGCUGCUGCGCUUGCCUGUGGGGCUCCUCAUCCAAAUCUGAAGGAAAUAACAUCGGCUGUAAAGUGUCUGCAUAAGCAAACCUUGGAUACGGAUAAGUUUGACCACAUCUUUGUGAAAGACCUUAAAAAGAACAAAAUGGACAGUUGUGAGGCAGAGUUUUUCUGUCAGGCUGAGAAAGUCCUGUCUGAACAGGAGAAGCUCUUUAACAAAGAUCGUAAGUGCAGUGUUGAUAAACUGGUCAGGAAUCUGAAGCAGUACAAUAAUGAGUGCAUCUGCACUAUCCCAACCAAAGGAGACGAAAUAAUCCUCCGUACUUUCUUAGACGAUCUGUUGAAAUGUGCACAAAAGGUCUUCGCCAGACCAGAAUGACCAGAGCUCAGCUUUUCCUUUAAUUUAAGAAAUCACAUAUUUAUAUUGGCAUGUAAGGCUCUAAAUUAAUUAAUUUUAUUUUUUAAUAUUUUCAACAUUGUCACUUUCACAUUUGGAAGGCUUUAUUGAGGAUUUGAAUAAAAAUGAGUUCAGACUUG